AUGUCACUGGCAGACAUGAUGGAUGACGCCCACCCCUCGUCGCCUCUGACGGACGCCUUCUUCAUCAGCCGGCCAAGCUCUCCAGAAGAAUCCCCAGGCCCGUCACCGACACGAACAGAGGUCGACCUCCCACUCGAUGUCGACGAGUCCUUUAACUCGUCCAUGUCCUUUUCGACAUGCGAUUCCCCUCCUGCUCCUUCGCCCUCGAUGCACCUGGGCAAGAUGAGCAUGGCGCCCUACUCGCCAACGCCCAUGGCUGGCCCCGCCAGCAGGCGCACGUUGAUGGCUGUCAAGUCGUUAUCCUCGGCCAUGGGCGGAGGUGGCACGCGUAUGGGCCAGCCCCUGACGUUUGGACGCGAACUCUCGCUCAACACUGCUCGCCCAGGCACGUUCGGCCAGCCGAGCCUCAAAGCUAGGGGACAGAUGCGUCCUCCAUCAGUCCCAGAAGGCAGGCUCAUGUCGCCUAGCCGCCUCCACGCGACGAGCUCACAAGAGAACAUCAGAGAACCACACCUGCUUAUGUCGCGUUGGGGUCGCCGCGAGGUAAGGGACCGCGCAACUGUGCGCUGA